UUUGAGAUGUACUUUGAACCGUAUGUCGAAUAUCUCAGGGAAUGCUACAGCAUCAUUGACUACGUGAAGGCCUUGGAAGCCAGAAACCGCCUCUUCGCCGCCUACAGUGAGCUGUCUGCGGUGAACACAUUCGUCAAAGAGAUCGAAAACGGGAUACCGGAGCAAGAGGCAAAAAUUGAACUGGAAAAAUUCCUCGAGCGAAUUGAACGCUACUCCUACCUUAAGAGUCUGCCAGAUGGUCUACACAGCUGUGCUGACGGCCUGGCCGAGUUGAAGGCUCGCCUGCGGCAACCGGUUACUGUAGGAUGUAAGACCAAGUACAGAAAGCCGUUGGCCGAGUUGUCUGCAAAAGUCCAAUUUAGCAAUGGCAAGGUUCGUAUGCGAAAUUAA